GGAGACGUCAUCCACUACGCCGACUUCGUGCACGCGAUGAUGGACCUCGGCUCCGGGGAGGCGGCUCUCUGCGGCGCCGACAGCGUGGAGCGGGUGAAGAACGUGUCCCGGGCGCUGGAGUUCACGUCGCUGGGCCGCCCCCGCGCGGCCAGUGGGGGCGCGUCUUGCUCGGGCGCCGCCUUGCAGCGGCGCCGCUGCGCCGGCGAGAGGGCGCGCGUGUCGGGCACGCGGUCCGAGCUGCAGACACGCCUCGCCGCGCCUGGCCUCGCAGCGCGCAGAGGGGCCGCUGGCGGUAACCAGCCUGAGGAUGCGAGCCCAGAGUCCGCUGGCAGCAGCUGCACCAGCACGCCGUGCGCGAAGUUCACGCGCGUGCUGUCGGAGCCGCUCGACCCGCGCCUGCAGAGCCAGAGGUCGGACGUGUUGCCGCCCGCCGACGAGGCGCACAGGUGUUUCACCGUUGCGGCUCUGCCUACGUGGCGCCCACGAUGAGGUGAUCCCGUGGCGAGCUCUGACAGCCAGCGUCCCUGGUGGAGGAGGA